CGCUGCUGCCGUGGCGGAGCUCUCUGGGCAGGGCCAUGGCCGAGUCGGCCCGCUCCGCGCGCGUGUCGCGGGGUUCAGAUAAAAUACACAAAGACAAGGCUGGACAGACCUCAAGACCCAGGCAAGGCAGCCAAAUGGGGAAACUCUUGGGAUUUGAGUGGACAGAUUUGUCCAGUUGGGGGAAGCUAGUGACCUUGCUGAAUCGACCCACAGAUCCUGCAAGCCUGGCUGUCUUCCGUUUUCUCUUUGGGCUGCUGAUGGUGCUGGACAUUCCCCAGGAGCGGGGGCUCAACUCCCUGGACCGAAGAUACCUGGAUGGGCUGGAUGUGUGCCGCUUCCCCUUGCUGGAUGCCCUGCAGCCUCUGCCACUUGACUGGAUGUAUCUUGUCUACACCAUCAUGUUUCUGGGGGCACUGGGCAUGAUGCUGGGCCUGUGCUACCGGAUAAGCUGUGUGUUUUUCCUGCUGCCAUACUGGUAUGUGUUUCUCCUGGACAAGACAUCAUGGAACAACCACUCCUAUCUGUAUGGUUUGUUGGCCUUUCAGCUGAUGUUCGUGGAUGCAAAUCGCUAUUGGUCUGUGGAUGGCCUGCUGAGUGCCCGUAAGCAGAAUGCCCACGUGCCCCUCUGGAACUAUGCUGUGCUGCGUGGCCAGAUCUUCAUUGUAUACUUCAUUGCUGGGGUGAAAAAGCUGGAUGCAGACUGGGUUGAAGGCUAUUCCAUGGAAUACCUGUCCCGGCACUGGCUCUUCAAUCCCUUCAAACUAAUACUGUCUGAGGAGAUGACUAGCCUACUAGUGGUGCACUGGUGUGGGCUGAUGCUGGACCUCACAGCUGGUUUCCUGCUCUUCUUCGAUGCCUCCAGGACCAUUGGCCUCCUCUUUGUGUCCUACUUCCACUGCAUGAAUUCCCAGCUUUUCAGCAUUGGUAUGUUCCCCUAUGUCAUGCUGGCCAGCAGCCCUCUCUUCUGCUCCCCUGAGUGGCCUCGGAAGCUGGUAUCCCACUGUCCCAAAAGGCUGCAAGAAUUGCUGCCCCUCCAGACUGCCCCUCAGCCCAGUUCUUCCUGCAUUUAUAAGAGGAGCCGAGCUAAAGAGGGCCAGAGGCUGGGGUUGCGUCAUCACCUAGCCACUGCCUUCACCCUGCUCUACCUCAUGGAGCAGCUCUUCCUGCCUUAUUCCCAUUUCCUCACCCAGGGCUAUAACAACUGGACAAACGGGCUGUAUGGCUAUUCCUGGGACAUGAUGGUGCACUCCCGCUCCCACCAGCAUGUGAAGAUCACCUACCGCGAUGGCCGCACCGGCGAGCUGGGCUACCUUAACCCUGGGGUAUUCACACAGAGCCGGCGAUGGAAGGAUCACGCAGACAUGCUGAAGCAAUAUGCCACUUGCCUGAGCCGCCUGCUGCCCAAGUACAAUGUCACUGAGCCCCAGAUCUACUUUGAUAUUUGGGUCUCCAUCAAUGACCGCUUCCAGCAGAGGAUUUUUGAUCCUCGUGUGGACAUCGUGCGGGCCGCCUGGUCCCCCUUCCAGCGUACAGCUUGGCUGCAGCCAUUGUUGAUGGACCUGUCUCCCUGGAGGGCCAAGUUACAGGAAAUCAAGACCGGUCUGGACAACAACACUGAAGUGGUCUUCAUUGCGGAUUUUCCUGGGCUGCACCUGGAAAAUUUUGUGAGUGAAGACUUGGGCAACACUAGCAUCCAGCUGCUGCAGGGGGAGGUGACUGUGGAGCUGGUGGCAGAACAGAAGAAUCAGACUCUUCGGGAGGGAGAAAAAAUGCAGUUGCCUGCUGGUGAGUACCAUAAGGUGUAUACAGUGUCCCCCACUCCUUCCUGCUACAUGUACAUCUAUGUCAACACUACAGAGCUUGCACUGGAGCAAGACCUGGCUUAUCUGCAAGAACUAAAGGAGAAAGUCGAGAAUGGAAGUGAAACAGGGCCUCUACCUCCAGAACUGCAACCUCUGCUGGAAGGGGAAGUAAAAGGGGGCCCUGAACCAACACCUCUCGUUCAGACCUUUCUUAAACGCCAGCGAAGACUCCAGGAGAUUGAACGCCGAAGAAAUACCCCUUUCUAUGAGCGAUUCUUUCGCUUCUUGCUGCGAAAACUCUUUAUCUUUCGCCGCAGCUUCUUCAUGACUUGUAUCUCACUUCGAAAUCUGGUCUUAGGCCGCCCUUCUCUGGAGCAGCUGGCCCAAGAGGUGUCUUAUGCAAACUUGCGACCCUUUGAACCAGUUGGAGAGUCCAGCCCUUCAAACAUAGAUUCUUCAAAUCCUGAUCCUCCUGAGCCAAAUUCGGAGCAUGUCCACUCAGAAUUCUGAGAGGGGCUGACAUUGUUUAUAGAUGAAGUAUCAGUUACAGGACCAUUACCUCUACAGUAGAAAUUGAUUUGAAAAAAUUAUUUCAGAUAUUUCUAACAUUUUUAUUCCCUGUUCAUAACUAUUUUUAAUUCAGAGAUAAUUAGGGUAGCCAAGGUAGUAAAGCAAGGAUAAGAUUUAUGAAUCUUAGGUUGUGGGGCUAGGAAAGGGUUAAAAGCAAUGUGAAAAUGUCCUUCUAGGAUAAAGGGGUAAGAGACAGGUUUAAGUGACUGGCUCCUUGGAGAGAGAUUUAAAUGUACCAUGAUGAAAAUAAUAACAAACUGUUCUUAAGUGCUUGCUCUUUGCUAGGUAUUGUGUAAAAAAGCACUGUGCCUAUAUUAUUACACAUAAGUCCUUAGUAGCCAUUGCUUCAUUUUAUAGUUGGAAAAACUGAGACUGGGAAGUAAUAUAAUUUUCAGAUAUAUACCUUGUAAGAGAUAAGGUUGAUGAUUUGAACCUCGUCUGUUAAGUUGUUGCAUUCUGCCCCUUGUAAUUUUCAGAAUCACUGACAAUGAUUCUUAACUAAUGUGGCUUAAAACUUGUCUUAAUCACAAGUAUGAUUAGGAUAGUGAUCAAGUUAUACAUGUGGAAUAAUUUUCUUUCACUGCAAUUCUAACCCUUUGUUCCUAUUAACUAUCCAGGCAGUUAAGUUUUUUACUAGCAGUUAUGAGAAUAGUUAGAAUAGCACAAAGUUAAACUAGUAAGGUUAGAUGAUUCGUAGUAUUUAGCUUUAAUCUAGCCUUUAGGGAGCAGGUGGUAUGAAGAAAAAAAUCAACCAAAUGAGGGAUUAGGGAACGUUUACUUUGUAGGUUUGUGUGUGCUAGGCUUGGUGCUGGCUUAUGCAGUAAGAAUGCAUAGGGGCUUUUUCGUUUUUUUUUUCUUCAAAGUCUCCCACUCUAGGAGCUCAUGGUCUUAUCAGAGAUUGGCAGUAAAAUUUCAGGCUUCUCUUCCCAUAUCCCAGCCCACUGUAUCCUCAUAGACAGUGGUCUUGGGAUUCUUCCCUAGUUAUCUCCCUUUUCACUGUACACAUUUGAAAUUACAUCCAGUGAUGCUUAAAUCUUCCCUGUAUUUAAGACCCAUCUGAUUAGUGCCACUUGGAUGUUCCACUGGGCCAUCACUGUCCUCAAGAGAACAUUCAUUUUCAGCUCAGACCUGCUUUAUUAGCAAAUGGCACCCAGUUUCCUUGACUUUUUCAAGCUGUUACCCUUGACUUUUUCUCACACCUCACAUUUCAAAGCCCAUCAAUUUCACAAUUUACUCCUUGAAUCUAUGAAUUUCUACUACCUGUUAUUUUAGCCUUUAUAUCAGAACCUACUUAGGGAUAGGUCACAGUAGGGCCACCCUUUAGUUGUACAGGUUUGGCCUGAAUAAGGGCACUUCCUUGAUGCUUAAGUCCCUGUUCACACCAGGUAUAGCAUUGGGUGGGUUAGCAAUGGCUGUACCACAGGGUGUCAUCAUUGGGGAGAAACGUUGCUAUCCCUUUUUUUUUUUUUUAAAGAUUUUAUUUAUUUAUACAAUCACUGGGUACAGUCAGCAGCACAGGAGGGUGAGAGAAUUCACCGAGCCAGAGCAGGGAGCAGAGCAGGCAGAAGGACCGAAGUACACUGCUGAGGAGAGCAAUGGGCAGCAGGAGAGGUCGUGCGCCAUGUGCGACCCUCCUCCGGUGGCUGGGGAGCAGCCAGGGAUCGAACCGGCGCUGUGGAGGCUUUGAGCAGCUCCGCACCCCAGCGCUCAACCACUUUGCCACCAGGGAGGCCCACGUUGCUAUCCUUUUGCAGCUCUCAGUGCUAGUUUGUGGCACUCGGUCCUUCACUAGCUAAUUCAGCUUUUUGCUGUUCCCUCCCUUGCUUGAAAAAAGCAUUUUCUUAAUAUAGGCAGGGUUACCUCCUGCCCCAAACUACCACCUGACUCACCCUGCUGUUUGUUGGGAGGCAGGCUUAUUAAUAACUAAGCCUGGAGAUCUAGGCUGUUCAGAUUGUUGAAACUAGGCCCUGUUGCAAUUAUCUGUUCUGAAAAUGGGCUAUCAAUGUCCUUAGCUGCUUUCUUUAAUCCUACUCCCAAGAUGUGACUCUUUUGUCCCUGACCAUGUUCUCCCCGUCUGUAACUCACUUGUAAUCACCCUCAUCCCUUGGCUCACUGGUGAAUAUUCCUCUGCCUUACUUAGGUUUCAUUUGGGCUUGCCCCCCCCCUCCCCAGCUGGACAGGACAAAGGCCUUAACUUCCUACCAACUAUGGAACCUAAAACCAUUACUUUUCCACAAAACAGAACCACUUAUCGUUAUUCUCACCUCACCAGCAGGGGUAGACAGCAAUGCACUGGCAUCUAACCUUUUUGAAAUCUUUAGUGCCAGUUAAUUCUCAUUUGAGCAAAUUUUAUGUUGUUUGCAAACUGUUAUUACCUAGUCGAAUUUAACCUUGCCUCCUCAUCGCAAGAUUCCAAAAUUUCUAAGCCUCUAGCCAAACAGGUAUAAAAAAGCAAGCAUUCCUUGAGACAUGUAGGCCAAGGUAAAAUGUUUCACCACACCUGAUUUUACACAUGGUGGUAUAAGCAUAUACAAAUGGCUGCCUAUUAUAUCUUAGGUCUUAAGCUCAAUAAAGGAUGGGCCCAUGUGGUAGAUCAAUCUUCCACCCAAAGUUUAGAGUAAGCUUUUAUAAGUUUGUAGCACCUUUACCGUUAACUGUCAGAAAUAAAUUUCAUUUUAGUUCAUGUAUUGUGUUACAGGAUUAAAACUGACCCCUCACCGGUCUGAACAUUUCACACUAAUCCGUAACAUGUAGCUUCAUAGAUGACUAUGUUAGAUAUGUCAGAUAAAUUCAAUUUUUUCAAGUUAGUUAAAUUACUUUGACACAUGACCCCCCUCCAUUAUGAUUUUUAAUGUACUGUAUCUUAAAAGUCAAAAACACAACUUGCAGCAUAGCAAUGGGAUGCUGCAAGAGAGCAACUUUGGCCAUCACAUGGACCAAAAAGACAACAUGCUGGACAAAGCAAAAUCAAACCUUAAACUGUCUUCUUAGUACCAGGGACAGGAUCUACAAAACUAUUAAAUGCCUGCAUUAAGUCCCUCAUCCAUGAGUAGGAAUGUAAUUAUUGAGGACUGAAAGUACAUGCAUAGACCAUAUUCUUAGAUCACACUCAUUACUGAAACACUUUUAAAGAACAAUGGACACAGUUAAGGUAGAACCUAGCGUUUUAUUUAGAUCUUCAUUAAACUGUUGGAAUUGAGAACCAGACAUACGUAAUAAAACCUCCAAAAAUAGAUCCUGAAAGGCACUUUCUGCUUAGGGCAAGCAGUCAUGGAAUAAGCAUGUAAACAAGCUGGCUUCUCUGUACCACACCAGCCAAGUCAGCUUUCUCCAUGCCAGCCGCACCAGCUCUGCCCUCCCUUCUGUUAACACCAGCCAGACCCCCUGUAGGUCUAACCCAAGGUUUUUCUGUAGGACACCUUGGCCUACCUGGGAAUGCUGGAAAACAUGUUGUUAAAGGAAUCAUGGUGUUGAGGAAAAAAAAAAAUCUUUUAAAAGCUGCCAUCUGAGGUGAUAGCUUCUCUGUACUUACGCCAUACCCCAGAAUACAAUAAAUAAGCAAUUAGAAAAUGUUCAAGUAUGAAGGGAUUUCCUCCUCCCCGCCAAAAGCACUGCUCUCUGAAGGAAGCUGGUUUCUCUGUAGCUACACCAGCUGUUCAGAAAGCUCAUUGGACCUGGUUUUGAAAAUAAAACAAAGUUAAAACCCUGGGAGGAGUUAUUGUGCAGUGUGGAGUACUCAGUCUUUCUUAUAAAGAAAAAAAAAAGUUAACUGGUACCAAAGUGUGCAACCUACAGACCCUCAGGUACUUCCCUGUGACUUCUCUGUAUGACAUCACAAGGGUGCCAAGUGCCUGUUUUUUUUUCUAGAGCUAGGAGUUGGUGGUUUGGCUAGUGCUGAGACCAUGCAUAGGAUUGGUUUACUAAAUAAAACCCUUAUUACGUACGUCCUCCAAAAGACAGCUGAAAAGUGGAGAGAUUUUGAUUUGGUGCUGUUUAAGAGAUGGCAAUUAAGAGCAUAAGCACCAGAGAG